AUAAUUAUCCUUGUCAAUUAAAUGGUACACGUAAGGAAAUGAAGAGGGAAAAUAUUGUGAUACUAAUAAGAUAAUUUAAUUGCGAUUACAAAUUAGAUUUAUAACCAUAAUAGUGAUGAUUAUUGUAACAAUUAAUUGCUCUCACUUGGCUUUAAUUCAGUGUUGAGGUGAGAUGAACAAGAUGAAUAGACCAGGUAACUUUACCACCGAGGGUCAAGUUAACUUACCUAUUGAUCAAAUGUCACCAUCUCAACAAUCAAGACGUUCAAGUGAUAUUGGUCGAGGUUGGGAUGUUUUCGAGACAACAAUUGGCGGUGAAGAUGAUUACGAUUGGGCCAUGUACGAUAAAGUGAUUAAAUUAGUUAAACUAAUUGUUCUCAUAAUCACUUCAUUAAUCGUCUUGAUUAGUAGUAUAAUUUCAAAAGGAACGUUUCAUUUAAUGAUUUCACAAAUUGGUUCUCAUCAAUCAUCAGUUUGCAAUUUAAAUACACCAAAUUUGUCAACCGAUCGUCGCUACUAUUUAACAUUAUCAUCGGAAAAUGAUUACGACGCCAAUUUAAUUAACAACGAAAAAAUCGUUUGGUUUUGGUGUUUAUUUUUUUCCUUGAUUAGUCCAGAAUUGUUGACACUUUUUCGUAGUUUAAGAUCAGUUUUCUCGAGUGCGUCAACAUGGCCGACAUUUAAAGUCUUUGCAACCAUUACCAUCAUGGAGAUUUUUAGAUCAAUUGGAAUUGGAUUGUUGACAUUUUACAUCUUACCUUCAUUAAAUGUGCUCUUUGGAUUGAUGAUCACAUCAUCGAUUUGCUUAAUUCCAAUAAUUUUACAAUUAAUUUCUUUCGAUGAUCAAACCAAACGGAGAGAUUUGAUUUACCUUAAAAUCAUCGCAACAAUUAUCUCAACUAUUUCGUUGGUUUGUUGGCCUUUAAUUGGAUAUUUUUACCAAAAUUCAAUGACGAUUGGUCAGUUAAUAUCAUUACCCUUCAUCUUGACCAUAAUAUCACUUGGGUGGACUGAGAAUUACCUUCCAACUGAUUCGUACCUUUCCAAGAUUCUGUCACCUUUACUAACGAUUCGUGAAUCACUUGCAUCAUCACGUUAUCUGAUUUACUUAAUUGUCAGCCCAUUAAAGAUAAUUACCUGGUUAUUAACAAUGAUCCUUGUUAAUUAUUAUGUUAACAAUAUAACCGCUGGUCAAUUGUUCAAUAGUUUCCACCUAUUGACAACAUCUCAUCCCAUAGUAAUUAAGGAAGAUUCUGACAUCGGUUUACCAGUUUUAAUCACAAGCAGUUCAAUUCAUAUCUACCUGAUGAUAACUCAGAUCAUUUCCUCAUUGGUCUGUUAUAUUGCCGGUAAAUUUGCGUGUAAAAUUUGUGUCCAAACAAGUGCCUUUGCGCUGCCAAUCAGCUUGACCACACCGAUUCUACUCUCAAUUGGAACCAUAAUUUGUCACACUAAAAGUAAAUUCAUUUGCUUGGUUUACAAUUACUUUUACUUUCUACCGGGUUACAUUUUCUGGUAUUGUCCAGAUAAAUCGUUCAUUGAACAUUGGUCAUUUCUAUUAGUCUUGACCUUCUGGUUUACAACUUAUUUGACCAGUGUUUGGUCACCUUUGCAUAUCUGGUCACCGCCGAGGGAAAGGACAGCGCGGACCGAGAAACUGUUUGUGUCACCUUUGUAUUGUGCUGCGUUUAUUGACAUUUCUCUUGCUUUUAAUCGUCGCCGUGAGAAACAGCAAACAAUCAGUCAGUCCGAUUUAACCAUCAUCCCGACAUCAACUGGAGGUUUGGGUCAAUUUGAUUCGACUGAACUUUCCGAUCAUGUUAUUCACGAUUCUGACAGGAUAACUCGUAUCUACGCCUGUGUAACAAUGUGGCAUGAAACCUCCGAGGAAAUGCUGCAAACAAUUAAAUCGCUGAUGAAAAUGGACGAAGAUCAAUCGGCUCGUGCAAAUGCUCAAAAAUAUCUGAAAGUCGUUGAUCCAGAUUAUUAUCAAUUCGAAACUCAUAUAAUGUUUGAUGAUGCCUUUGAAUUGUCUGAUGAAGAGGAUGAUCAAAUGGUGGUCAAUCGGCAUGUUAAACAAUUCUGUGAUGUGGUCAACGAAGCGGUCAGUGCUGUCCAUCGGACCCACCUUAAGUUACGGCCACCGACUGUAAUACCAACUCCCUAUGGAGGUAAAUUAAUUUGGUUAUUACCUGGAAAGACAAAGUUAAUUGUUCAUCUUAAAGAUAAGGCAAAGAUACGGCACAAGAAAAGAUGGAGUCAAAUAAUGUAUAUGUAUUACCUUUUGGGAUACCUUUUAAUGGACACUAAUCUUCAUAUAAGUCGUAAGGCAGUUCGAGGUGAAAAUACAUAUUUAUUGACCUUAGAUGGUGACAUUAGUUUUAACCCGCCGGCGGUGUUAUUGUUGAUCGAUUUGAUGAAAAAAAAUGGGAACCUUGGAGCGGCCUGUGGACGUUUACAUCCCAUUGGCUCUGGGCUGAUGGUUUGGUACCAGAAAUUUGAAUAUGCGGUUAGUCAUUGGCUUCAGAAAGCGGCUGAACACGUUUUCGGCUGUGUACUUUGUUCACCGGGUGCGUUUUCAUUGUUCCGAGCACGAUCACUAAUGUCUCCCAAUGUAAUGGCCACUUAUGCCUCUGAAUCAAAGGAGCCCAUCGAUUUCGUUCAACAUGAUCAAGGUGAAGAUCGCUGGUUAUGUACACUUCUCCUUCAAAGUGGCCAUCGAGUUGAAUAUAAUGCGGCCUCCGAUGCUUUCACCCAUUGUCCAGAAAGUUUCAAUGAGUUUUUCAUCCAACGCCGUCGUUGGGGCCCAUCAACCAUUGCCAAUAUUAUUGAUCUACUUCAAGAUUACAAAAACAUCAUCAAUGUCAAUCAAAGUAUCUCAAUUUGGUACAUUGGUUAUCAAAGUUUCUUAAUGUUGUCUACUAUUAUUGGUCCGGGAACCAUUUUACUUAUGCUCGUCGGUGCCGUUAAUUCAGUAUUUAAACUGGAUUACACUCAAUCACUUGCGGUCAAUUUGAUACCAGUCGCAGUUUUCAUAAUCGUUUGUUUUGUCACCAAAAAUGAUAUUCAAUUGUUUCUCGCUCAGAUACUUUCGGCUGCCUAUGUUUUCCUUAUGCUUGCAGUGCUCAUUGGAACUGCGAUUCAGAUCAAAGAUGAACCAUUUUCUCCGUCAACUCUUUUCUUCUUUAUCCUGAUCAUUACCUUCCUCGUGGCCGCUAUUCUUCAUCCUCGAGAAAUAACGUGCUACUUUUCCUUCCCACUCUACAUGCUCUGUAUUCCAAGUAUGUACUUGAUCCUUCAACUUUACUCACUGAUCAACUUGAACGUCGUUAGUUGGGGCACUAGAGAAGCGCCAACAAAGCCCGUUAAACAGUCUAACGAGGCUUCGAUUAAAGAAGUAAAUAAAUCAAGUGGACAAUCUGGUCGGACAAAUACUAUUGUUCAGUUUCUUAAUCUAAUGGAGAAUCAAAAAUCGCAAGAAGCCAAUGUAUCGUUCAGUUUUGGUAACAUAUUUCGGUGCCUUCUCUGUACCCAUGACACAAGAGCAUCGGAUAAUAUUCAGUUGGUUCGAGUGGAAGAAGCGAUCAAAGAUCUUUCAUCGAAAGUUAAUUCACUUCCAUUUCCUAGUCGUGCAAGACGAGCUUCAGAAUUGUCUCGAGUUACUGAAGAAAGUACAACAGCCGAAAUGAUACCAGAAAUGGAAGAAUAUCAAAGUGAUAUCGAACUCGAACCAGAAAAGGUGAAAAUAGUUCGAGAUGACCUAAAGAAUCCCUAUUGGAUUGAAGAUCCAGCCUUCGCUGAUUGUCCAGUAGUUUUCUUAUCCGAUCAUGAAACGACCUUUUGGAAAGAGCUAAUUGCUAAAUAUCUUUAUCCGAUCGACAAAAAUGCCGAUAAAGAAGCUCGAAUCUCAGCUGGGCUUAAAGACCUUCGAGAUAAGGUCAUGUUCGGUGUUCUAAUGAUAAACGCAAUCUUUUUACUGACCAUCUUUCUACUACAAAUGAACAAAGAUAAACUUUCAAUAACGUUACCAUUUCGCUUCGAUUUGGCCGAGCCAAAGGUCAAGGACGACGGUUACAUUGACUCAGUCGAAGACGAAGAAAACAGUAAAUUAGAACCAGUUGGAGCUUCGUUCAUUAUAUGUUUCGCUUUACUCUUAAUUAUCCAAACAAUUGGGAUGUUCAAACAUCGUUUAUCAACCUUGUCGCACAUUCUGGCCUUCGUACAAUUAGACUAUUUCAACCGGAAGAAGCUGAACAUUAAUGCCGAUGAAUACAUCGAGGCGAACGCCAUUGAGAUCGCAAAAGGUUUACAAUGUUUAAGAGGAAUUGAUGAAGAAGUGAUUAACAAUGAGAAAGGAAUCAAGAAUCAAGAGAAAGGUAAACAAUCAGUUAAUGAAGAUGAACAAUUAACCAAAGGAAUUAAUAAACGGAAAACUUUGGAGCGUAAAAAUACAAUUUACAAUUUAGAACGAAAAAGAGAGAAAAAAUCGAAAACUCUUACACUGGAUGUUGUCUUUCGACGACGAUUUUUGGCCUUAUCUUCGUCCGAUGCUGAUGGAUUAUCUCGAAUUGGUGGAAACUUAAGACGAAGACAAGCAAUCGAAGCGCUGGAAAGACGAGAUAGACUUUUAUCGACCUCAACCCGAUGGAUUGAAAGUCAACCGACUGAAAGGUCAUCGUCAUCAUCGGCAUUUACCAUUGCUAAUCGAGUCACGCCUGCGAUUAACAGGCCAGAUUAUCUUGACCAUAAUAAUUUUAUUACUUCCAAUCGGGAAAUAAUCAAUCCGGUUGUUAUGAUUAACGAUGGAUUUAACAGCAAUCAAAAUAAUUAUCCCAAUCAGUUUAAUAACAACAGUUAUGCUGUUAUCACACGUUCACGGUUAACCAAUUUAAGGACCUUUGGUCAUCAUUACAAUAACAACAACAGCAACAAUCAAGGUAAUAAUAAUCAUUCAGGUUACCAAUCAUCAUCUGAAUCAAGUGUUAACAAUAUGAAUCGUAACAAUUGGCGAUUUAACAACAUCAUUAACAACAAUAAUGAUAAUGGUCGUAACUAUUUGGAAGACAAUUUAACUUGAUCAAGUAUUUAAAGUGAUGAAAAAGGUCCAGCGGAAGAGGAAGUGGUGGUCAGCUUAUUGUUAUUAUUUGUGAGAAACUUUUCUCACCUAAGGGUGAAUAAGAUUCUGUAGAUAACAAUUUAAACAUGAUGAUUAGAAAGUGAAUUGUGUUAAUUGUGCCAAAUAUUGAUCACGGAAAUGUAAACACAACGAGUUAUUAUUGACAUGAUGGUGAAAAUGAAUCAAAAAAAUUGAUCACAAUCAUUUAACAUUCAUGAGGAUCUUUUUUUUUCAUCAUAAUCUGUAAUUAACUUUAUCCCUAAAGUUAAUUCACUUGAUUGGAUUAAUCAUCAUAUUUUGAUUGCUUAAGGCAAAUUUCCGAUUUGAUUGUGCAUAAUUUAAUUUUCAAUGUAUUAUUAAUUUAACUUUAAAACUGUUGAUUGUGGUAAAUAAUAAACUG